CUGCUGGACUGGGACAUGGAGAAAGAGUCCUUUCUGGCCUUCACCACAGCGCACCUGCCCUUAGUGCAGCAGAACCUUGCCAGAUAUAGACUCCAAAUAAUUGAGCCACUAAAACUACCUCUGGAAAAAAAACCCAACCCUGAUAAAGAUGGUCCAAGUAUUGAGCCCAACCUGUGGAUGUGGGUAAACCCCAACAUCGUGUUUCCCCCUGGAAAGCUGGAGGUCCCAGAACCUAGUAAGGGGGAAGAUCUGACAAGCACACUCCCCACCCCUCUGUCGCCCUCAAAAGAAGACUUUACCAACUGCUCAGAGGCCACAGUGGCGGAGUCACUGCCACCUUCCUCCAGCGAGCAGUUGUCCCCUCGGAAACGGUUUGCUUCUUCCCCCAGCAACUGGGAGCUCACAGAAGAGGAGGAGGCUGAGAACCAGGAUGACAGCUCCUCUGUGGCUCUCCCGUCCCCUCACAAAAGGGCCCCCCUCCAGAGUCGGAGGCUUCGGCAAGCCAACAGCCAGGAGGGGAGGCUCUGGUCCCGGCCCCCUCUCAAUUACUUCCACCUAAUUGCACUGGCAUUAAGAAACAGUUCCCCCUGUGGCCUCAACGUGCAACAGAUCUACAGUUUCACGCGACAACAUUUCCCCUUUUUUCGGACGGCUCCGGAAGGCUGGAAGAAUACUGUCCGUCACAAUCUCUGUUUCCGAGACAGCUUUGAGAAAGUGCCAGUCAGCAUGCAGGGUGGGGCCUGCACACGGCCUCGAUCCUGCCUCUGGAAGUUGACUGCAGAGGGACACCGACGCUUUGCAGAGGAGGCCCGUGCCUUGGCCUCCACUCGGCUGGAAAGUAUCCAGCGGUGCAUGAGCCAGCCAGAUGUGAUGCCCUUCCUCUUUGACCUUUAA